UGGCCUCGCAUCCCCGGCAGGCGAGGAUGCGCUCCCCGGAACCGUCCUCACCCCCCCCAUCGGAAGCCCUCCUUCACGGCCAGUUUGCCGGCUGGGCCUCCGGCGGCAACAACCACGCCGGCGGCGGCGGCAGCAACAACAACAACGGCCGCCCCGACAGCCCCGGCGGUCCGGGGGGGCUCUCCCCGGCCGCCUCGCCCACGUUGGCUCCGGCCUCCAACUACGCCCUGACCCUCACGCACGCGCACGUCCACGUCCAGCGCCUGUCGCCGCGUCCGGGCAAGGAGGCCCGUCUGCUGCUGCCCAUGUCGGAGCUGGUGGGCUGCAGCUGCCCCCGUGCCCCCGCGCCGCCUCUCCUGGUGCUCUACUGGUACCCGCCGGGCAAACGACGCAAAGGGGUGUCGCGCCGCCGCCAGGUGAGGGCCUACCUGGCGGAGAGCAGAAGCGAGGCGGAGCGAUGGUCGGCCGCCGUGCAGUGUUUGCUCCGAGGGGUGCCGGUCACGUCUGAAACGGAAUUUUCCAGAAGCCUGCUACCUCGUCCCAGGCGACUACUGCUGCUGGUCAAUCCCUUCAGCGGGCGAGGACAGGCAAUGCAAUGGUGUCAGACGCACAUCCUGCCGAUGAUCAGAGAGGCCAACAUCAGCUACAACCUGAUCCAGACAGAGCGGCAGAACCACGCCAGAGAGCUGAUCAGGGAAAUCUCGCUGCCGGAGUGGGACGGCGUCGUCAUCAUUUCUGGAGAUGGCCUCCUGCACGAGGUUAUAAAUGGCCUCAUGGAGCGUCCGGAUUGGGAGCAAGCCAUCAAAACGCCCGUUGGCAUUCUGCCUUGCGGCUCCGGCAACGCGCUGGCCGGGUCCAUCAACCACCACGCAGGGUUUGACAUGUGCCUUCGGGAGCCUCUGCUUUUGAACUGCUGCUUCCUGCUUUGUCGCGGCGGCGUGCGGCCCAUGGACCUGGUCUCCGUGACGACCAGCCCGCCCGCCACCAACAACGGUCGGACGGCCCCCGCCGUGCCCAGGAGGCUCUUUUCCUUCCUGUCCGUCGCCUGGGGAUUUGUGUCCGAUGUGGAUAUCGAAAGUGAGAGGUAUCGGGGCCUGGGCUCGGCACGUUUCACCCUGGGCACGCUGGUGCGCAUCGCUUCCCUCCGCUCCUACAAAGGUCGCCUGUCCUACCUCCCGCCCUCGGCGGCGGCCUCGUCACCCGACGCCACGCCCCCGCCGCCGAGGAGGCCCCUCUCCCGAAGCGUCACCGAGGGCCUGGAGGGCUUCUGCAAACCCCCCAUCCAUCGCACCUCCUCCGACAUGGGCAUCAGCGAACAGCGGAGCCUGCGGCGGGGCGAGGGCGAGCGGGAGAAGGAGGAGCGCCAGCGGCAAAGAGAACGGAGAUGCCGGCGAGCCCGGGGAGGCGGCACGGGCGUGGUGAGGGCCAGCAGCCUGAUGGAGGACAGGGAGAAGGAGAACGAGGGGGAGGUUGAGAUGGAAGAGGCCAGGAUGAAGGGCCAAAGGGGCGACUGCGCCGCGGGGGGUGACGGCGGACCGGGGCGGAUCGGAGACGAAUGCCGCGACGAGGGACCGACCGAGGACGACUCGAGCGAGACGGAAGAGGAGGAGCGCCAUCAGGCCGGCGACGGGCCGCUCGUCGGAAAGGGCGAGGGGGGGGUGCACGGCCAAGAGCUUGAUGAGGGCUUGGAGGCAGACGGAGGCUGUUUGUCCUAUCCAGAUGGACUCCGGGAAGUCGGACGGGCCGUCAGGAAGAACUCUGCUCCAUCCGGCCAGAUUGCUGACGCUCUGUCGGCUCAAGCCGACUCGGAUUGCGCGGAGGACGCGGACCUGGAUGGAAGCUACUACCAGAGAGAGGCGUACCCUCUGGAUGUCACCCGCGAACGAGCCCUCACCAUCUCCUCCCCCUUCCGGCGCCCCCUGUUGGCCUACAAAAGCAGAGUCGCGGACCAGAACCAGAACUCGUCGCGGCCGAGGCCCCUCUCUCUCCUGCAGCACUCGCACUCCAACUCGCUGCCGCCCAAACUCCCCUCCCUGUCCCUCUCCCUGUCCCCCACGCCUCCGUCCUCGCCUUCGUGCGCCUCCCCGCACUCCUCGUCCUACCUGGCCCCGCGCCCCAACACGCCCGGUUCCGCCUCGCCCUCGCCCUCGCCCUCCAUACGCACCUCCUCCUCGUCGUCAUUCAGCUUUGACGUGGUCGAGCCAGCCGGAGCCCUGAAGACCCGUCCUUACGUCACGCUGCCUUUAAAUGUCCCCAGAGAUGACCUUUUGCCCCCGCUGGACCAACCGCUUCCCACGCGAGACUGGGUCACCAUCGAGGGGGACUUUGUCCUGGUUUUGGCCCUUUACCAGAGCCACCUGGGAGCCGACCUGCACGCCGCGCCGCAGGCCAAGUUCGACGACGGGCUCAUCCACCUGACCUUUGUGCGGGCGGGCAUAUCCAGGGCCACGUUACUGCGACUGUUCUUUGCCAUGGAGAGAGGAACGCACCACUCUGUCAGCUCGCCCUACGUCAGCCACAUUUCCUGCCGCGCCUUCCGGCUGCAGCCGCUGUCUUCGCGCGGGACCCUCACCGUGGACGGCGAGCUGGUGCCGUAUGGGCCCUUGCAAGCGCAGGUUCAUCCCUCCAUGGCGCGCCUGAUUGUUGGCGACUCGGGAGUGCAGGUCACCAGGUUCUAAAUCAGGAAUUGUUUGAAACACUUCUGAAUGAUGUCCCUUCUGUUGCUGCGUAUGCUCCGAGAGACUGAAAUAACCUCGCUUGCACAAACGGGUUGACGGGGGAAAAAAAAGGGAUAACUUUGCCGAGCCGUCCAUCGAUAGAGCAGGAAUGCAGGGAUUCAUUGUGACAUUUGAUUUUAUUCGAUUUUUUUUUUUUAAUGGAGGAAUGCAAACUGCACCGCAUUGCACAGCUGCGGGGUUACGCCAAGCGAGCCCGCAGACGCAUGAACACUGCACAGCCUGGAAUAACGAGGGAAGAACAAUCGAAUGUUAGCUGAUUUUGGUUUGUGUUCUCCCCCCCAGCCCCCCCCCCCAACAGAAUCUGCAUGAUUUGGGGCCAUGUGUACGUGAUGGUAUGCAUGCUCAAAAGCACUACCGAUAUUUUUUGCCUUACGAGGGGGUGAGAAGAACAUUCAAUUGACUUUGCCGACGACGCUCGACAGCAGCACCACGUCGGCUCUUCGCUGGUUAACAAAGUUCAUUUCACUUACUUUACCUUCAACAGUAUUUGAUGUCGACAUUAGGUUGCACUCAAGAAUCCUCUGGAGUGCUUUGAAGGUUCUUUAUCGCGCAGUACAUGAAAGCCUCUUUCACACGGAGCCGGCAAUUUAUCCACCUCUUAGCGAAGCGGGCCGCCAUUAUUUGCCAACAGCGCCAGGCUGUCUCCGGCAGCGAGCGCACCGAAUGAGUGCAGGCUGGCGCUAACGUUUAUACUUUAUGUCCAAAAUUGUAAGUGUGAAAAUAAGCGGUGCACUCGUCGUCGCUUUUUUUUUAAUGACAGUACUAGGGCGGCCCAGUGGUCCAGUGGUUUGCGCGUUGAUCUCACAGUGCUGAGGUUGUGGGUUCGAUUCCGGCUCCGGCCUCCCUGUGUGGAGUUUGCAUGUUCUCCCCGGGCCUGCGUGGGUUUUCUCCGGGUGCUCCGGUUUCCUCCCACAUUCCAAAAACAUGCCUGGCAGGCUGAUUGGACGCUCUAAAUUGUCCCUAGGUGUGAGUGUGAGCGCAAAUGGUUGCUCGUCAAUGUGUGCCCUGCGAUUGGCUGGCGACCGAUUCAGGGUGUCCCCCGCCUACUGCCCGGAGACAGCUGGGAUAGGCUCCAGCACCCCCUGCGACCCUAGUGAGGAUAAAAGCGGUUCGGAAAAUGAAUGAAUGAAUGAAUGAAUGACAGUACUCCACUGAGAAAAUAUCCAAAAAUGAUGUCAAUUCCCAAAAGAUAAACUGACAGUCCUACAGUAGGAAGUAAAGAAAAACAGUAAGCGCAAGUUGCCGCGUUUUAGGGAUUGCGGGAUCUUGCCGUGACUAUUUUUCCCCCACACCGACUGUUUAUGCAGAGCAAUACGCGCCAGCCAGAAGGAAAGAGUCGCGUCCAAAGUCUCGGAUCAAUUUCACACGUGGACAGAAGAAGAAGUGAAACGAAAGCGACACAACCGCCUGUCUGCGGUCAAAAAAACAUUGUUAGCGACUUUCACAUAGCCUCCCGCCGCCGAUGACGACAAAUCGUAAGCCUCCCGCCGUGUUGGAGGAUGGACACGGCUGCACUUUGAAUCGCUUUAUUGAACAAGGGUAAAAGAAUCAACACGGGUGCGUCACCGUACCUGGCCUGCUACUCGCCACAAACCGCCGUCAAGUCACUCGACGCGGAGUGGCUAACAGUUUAGCUAACAAACGGCUAGCCAAACUCUCAUUCGUGAAUUCCAGUGUCCCUCAACGGGCCAGGCCUCUUGACUUGUCGAAAUCACACAUUCACGGACGCCGAACCAACAGUUUUGUGUUUGGAAAUGACCGCAGGGUUACGACACCUUGACGAUCGAUGCCAUUUGUUAGUAUUGUGUGUCAGCGUGGAGCUUAGCGGACGUUCAAAGUGACGUUGUUGCUUCAAAAUGCACAUUUCACGAAUCCCCUUUGGUAGUCAACGGAUCAAAAGCCCCUCUUUCAUAGAAUCGUUCCACAUCUGUCAAAUAUGACGCGGGUGGUGAAGUCACUUGAGUUUGCUGCUUCAGUUUCUCAAAUUUUCGCCCGCGAGUCAAACUAAAAAAAUGUGCCGUGCGAUAGCUCCAAUCUCUAAAAACUCAUCCCUUGUGUCCCACGUAAGGAGGAAACCGGACCCCUCCUUCCCCGUAUUGCUUAUUAUACAGAAGCGCAACAUUAAAAGGGACGGUCGGGUGAUGCUGCAUUUUAGAGGAUGUGCGAAAGGCGCUAAAAUCACAACACUAGAAUGCACACUUAUCGUUUUAAAGGUGCCGGCGUACUUUGCAAGAAAGAAAGCACUAGAACAAGUACCUUAGACCCGAUGCGACAAAAAAAAAAUCAUUUGUCCAUUUGUUUUUAAUGAUCAUUUUUAGCUGGGAAAGUUGAAUGUACAAACAUUAAAAACAACACUUUUUGCGUGUGGGGGGUGGGUGUCGGGGGUUCACAAUGACGGGAAGUGAAUUUGACUGAGCAUUGACAACUGAAAUCCUGUUCACGUGUCAAGCUUUGCCUUAAAUGACCUCACCGAUAUUUUCAGAUGAAAUCAAACAACAGGGAAUGACAAUUGAUGACCUGCUUGGUGUCGAUGGAAUUAUGAGACCUGCUGAUGAACUGGUCAAAUCAAUAACGCGUGCACUGGAUCAAACCGUCAAGAACUGUUUGGGUCCCCGUCAGCACAGCGCAUGUCCUGGUCAUGCCUGGAGAUAUCAAUGCCUUUUGUUUUUUAAUCCAGAUGAAAAUCUUGACGGGCAAAAAGUGCACGACACCGUUUCACUGCUCAUCAGGCUGCUAUUUUGCUUGUUGGAUUCUGUUUUGGUUUUUUGUUUAUUUGUGCACAGUACAGCUAGAGUCUACCACAAUGAAGUAGGGUUGUAAUAACACCACAUAGAAGAAGACUAUCACCACCAUAUCAAAAGAUUUUUUUUUAAGAUUGACCAUCUUUGGAUGUCGGAAUGGAACAAAUGGAUUGGUCUUUCAAUGCCUGUUAAUGCCAUGCACUCGUCGACAGUGACUCUGCUCGUAAGAAAUUGCAUUUAUUACUAAAAUGAAGAAGAGCAUAUACGCUUACUGUGUACAGUUCAUAGUUGUGUGUUUUCAGUAAAUGCAACUGAAAAACU